CAAAACCUUCGCCGCCGCGGGAGCCCGCGACGGCCGCGUCAGAUAGAAACGAAUCGCCACGACGCCACCGCCCGCACAUCCCAGAGAUCAAACAAAACCCACCGCCGCGGCGACUCCGCCUCCCACCUAACCGGCGAUCACCGGAGAACCUGCAGCGGGAGGGCGCAGGGAGUUCUCAAGAUGGAGGACGUGGACGUGUCGCGGCAGCUCAAGCAGAUGACGGACUUCAUCCGCCAGGAGGCCGUAGAGAAGGCCGUCGAGAUCGAGGCUGCAGCCGCCGAGGAAUUCCAAAUUGAAAAAUUGAAAUUGGUGGAAGCUGAAAAGAAGAUCAGGCAGGAAUUUGAUCGCAAAGAGAAGCAAGUUGGUAUCAAGAAGAAAAUUGACUACUCAAUGCAGCUCAAUGCUUCCCGAAUUAAAGUUCUUCAAGCUCAGGAUGACUUGGUAACAAGUAUGAUGGAAUCAGCAAGGAAAGAGCUCCUGUACAUCAGCCGAGGUCACCAAACCUACAAGAAACUUCUGAAGAUACUUAUUGUUCAGAGUUUGCUGCGGCUGAAAGAGCCAGCUGUGCUUCUCCGCUGCAGGAAGGAGGAUCUUGAGCUUGUUGAUUCAGUUUUGGAGUCGGCAAGGAAUGAGUAUGCAGAGAAAGCAAAUGUAUAUCCUCCUGAGAUAGUGGUAGACCGUCAUGUCUAUCUGCCAUCUGCACCCAGUCAUUUUCAGGCACCUGGUCCCACCUGCUCUGGCGGAGUUGUGCUAGCUUCCCGAGAUGGAAAGAUCGUCUGUGAAAACACGCUGGAUGCUAGACUACAGGUGGUUUUUAGAAAAAAGCUGCCCGAGAUCCGUCAAAACCUUUUCGGGCAGGUAUCCGCAUAACCAAUCCUUGGAAGCAGAACGCGGCUCAGUACUCUCUGGGGUACCCUGAUGAUGUCCAGGAGCAUGCUUGGCAGCUCAAUAGCGAUUUAUCAAACUGUUCGAUCUUAAUUGUUAUUACCUUUUGUUAUGGAGGCGUUGUGAUUCCAUACCGUCCAAUCCUGCACCGAAGCAAAUAAGAGAAAUUAAACCGUGUUCAUAUUUGUGACGAUCUUUUCUUAAAAUAAGGCGGAUGUGCAGUGCUGCCAUGUCUUUCAUUCUUUCAUU